AUGGAGGACGAGGUGUUGAUUGAAUUAGUUCGUGAGAAUACUGUUUUGUAUGAUUUAUCUCAUGCAAAGUAUAUGGAUACAAAAUACAAAAACAAUUUGUGGAACAAAAUAGGAACACAAAUGAAUGUAGACGGUAAGUCAAAAUUUACUUAUCUACAGUGCUAUUGUAAAGAGGAAAGAUUAGAUUUUUGUCUAUGUGUUUGA